AUGCCCAAGACGCUGUAUGUGGGCGGCCUCGACGCACAAGUGACCGAAGCGUCUCUUCUCGCGCUGUUCAGCACGUUCGGCGACAUUAGUGACAUACAGCUCCCAAAGGAGACGGAUCACGCCACCAAGCACCGCGGAUAUGCCUUUAUUACAUUCACAGAAGAAGAUGACGCGGACGACGCUAUCGACAACAUGAAUCUCAACGAAGUGCAUGGUAAUGUCAUUACAGUCAACGUGGCCAAGGCACAAAAGAUCCUCCCUAACGACACGCGGCGGCCUAUUUGGGAGACGGAUGCUUGGCUACAGGAGCACAACACAGCUGCCUCGGAAGACCACUAG